AUGGCGACCGCAGCCUUAUCGGCGUGGCUGAAUAAGACGGGCCGAGCCAAUGGAACUCUGGCCUUGGCCACAUGGGCCGAGGAGGCAGAUUGUGGUUCCAUCAGCAUGGACGGGACGGGUGGCAGCAACUUUGCCCGCCGACGACCAGCGAAGGGCCUGAAGGGCCUCGAAGAGGAAAGUGAGGUCGCCGAGGUUCGAAGGCUGUGGGGCCAAGGUACUGCCAUGAUUCAUGGGAUUUUUCAUGGCGCCUGCCGAGUGUCCUUGCCAAAGGCUCGAAAGACACUUGGCUCUUGCACCUGCAAGGACGAUAUUCGCCGAUCGGAGCCUGACAUGCCGUCGGCCAAGCGACACUUAGUGCCUCUUGUCACAAAGUUGUCACAAACUCGCCGGGUUGCCACCAGGUUGCCACCACCUUGUCGUGUGGAGUUCGUGGUCUUCUCGGGGUGGUGUGUCGUUGCGCCAGGGCGCUGGAAAGACUUUCCAGGUCAGAUCGGUGGAACAGGGCUCGAGAUGUAUUUCACCACUCUGCGCACAUUGGGAAUUCUCUUCGCUACUAUGGCAGCCAUCACCUUCCCGACCUCGGCCUUCUGCUUGCUUGGCACCUUUGCCCCGGACAACGGGCAAUUCUUGGCUCGUGCUUCCAUUGGCAACCUGGGCCUGCUAGCAGACACCAAAGUGCUGGACCCCUUGCUACGUAUUGUUCGGGUAGGUUGCGAUGGAGCUGAACUGUCAGACUUGACACCAGUCUUCGCUUGGCUUGACCUUGCCUCCAUGAUCGUUUUGUUCCUCUACUUGGUCCGAUUCCGCUUCAUUGAGAUUCCACGGAGAACAAAGUCGGAUGACCUCGAGAAUGUUUCGGUCCAGGACUUUGCGGUCGUCAUCGACAAGUUGCCCCCGAGGAAGAGCCACCUCGAGGAGCGUAUGAAGGUUGUGCAGCGUGGGAAGACAGGUGGGCCUGAGCCACAUGUGGCCGACAUAACCUUGGUGCGUGACUUCGGUGGGAGGCUGGAGAAUCUGAAGGAACGUGGCCACAUGCUGCAGGGCAUUGAGGUUGCGCGCCUUAGCGGCAAGACCGGCGAGCUACCAGUCCUGCGAGCGUAUGUGAUCCUCAACCGGACCGCAGACAAGCACAGCUUGAUGUACGACUACCGUGCCGUGGCAGCAGCUGGUGGAGGAUUUAUCAUGGAAGAGUCGACUGCUGAGGCAGCUGUGCAUGUUGCUUGGCUCUCUUGGACCGCAUCUGAAUGUGAUGACAGGCUCGUGACCUUCAUCAUCAUCUUGUCGGUCUCGCUUGUCUUGAUCUACGUCAUCACGGUACUUGGAAAACAAGAAGCUGGCGCACAGCUGAGUUACAUUGGCAGCGAGAUGUGUGAUCCGAAGAUCCCAGAUGCUUCCGCAAAUUCUUAUGUUUGCCUCGUGAGCACUGCCAGCAACUGGACGGUGGACUACGCUGUCUCACAGGGCGGCGACAUCUUGAAUUGCUGGUGUGAGUCUCAAGGCUAUGCAAAGCUGGUGCAAGAUUCAUCAUUGGUCAGCACUUGCACACCUUGGUUCCUGGAGACUGCACGGGGUAUCGGCAUAAUGUCGGCUGCCUCCUGCGUUGUCGUGUGCAUCAACUUGGUCCUUCAAUUGGUCUUGAUCGCCAUGGCUCGAUUUGAGCGGCCUCUGUCCUUGACUUCGCUCAACCAGUCCAUGAUGCAGAAGAUCUUCGUUGCACAGACAUUGAACACAGGCUUCGUCCUGUUUAUUGUGAACCAGUAUGGGCCCGAAGCGCUGAAGAAGCAAUGGCAGGAAGCGAUUGCGCUGCUUACCGAAACUUGGCGCAACGAUGCCGAUACAGUGACAGUCAACUGCACCAUCAGCGCUUGCGCCGCUGCUUCCCGGUGGCAGGAGGCCACCGCGCUCCUCUCCGAGAUGACGCAGCAUGCAGCUGCACCAGAUGUGAUCAGCUACACGGCAGUGAUAAAUGCAUGCGAGCGGGCGAAGCUCUGGCAGCACGCGCUUGCAGCGCUGGCAUCGGCGACGGCGCAGCUGAAGCCCGAUGCAUGCCUCCAUAAUGCGGCCAUUGCAGCCAUGCAGAGAUCGGCUCAGUGGCAGAGGGCGCUGCAGCUUCUCGAGGAGCUUUGCAUCCACAAAGCCGGUUUGCAGCCGGAUGUAAUCUCAUUCAACAGCACGAUCAGUGCAUGCUCCAAUGCUGCUCGCUGGGAAUGUGGCCUGGCACUGCUGAUGUCCAUGCCGCAGCACUCGCUGCGCCCGGACGCCGUGAGCACCAGCGCGGCCCUGCGAAGCCUGGGGACUGCACGUCGCUGGGCUGAUGCACUGGCGCUGCUCGCGAAUAUGCUCCCCGUGCUGGACGCCCCAGAUACCAUCCUCUUGGGCAGUGCCAUGAACGCCAUGUCCGGGGCCAUGCAGUGGCAGCGAGCUUUGGUACUUCUGAAUGAGAUGCGGGACAUGCAGAUCCGCCCGAAUGCGAUCACCUGCUCGACAGCUCUCAGCGCGUGCGACCGGGGAAGCCUUUGGCGCCAGGGCCUGCAACUGCUGGAGGAGAUUCUCCAAAGAGGGGCGCGGCACGCCGACAGCAUCACGUAUUGCAGCUCCGUGAGCGCGUGCGGCAAAGCCUCCCAGUGGUCCUAUGCCCUGGCAGUCUUUGCCCAAAGCAUCGCACAAACAGUUACGCCCAACAACUUCACCUACAACGCCACCAUCAGCGCAUGUGAUCGAGGAAGCUGCUGGCCAGCAGCUCUGCAGCUACUGGAGGAGAUGGAGGACAACGAUGUGCAACCGGACCUGAUCAGCUUCAAUGCGACCAUGGCAGCCUGCUGUGCUGGCCAGCAGUGGCACCGGACUUUGGUCCUCUUCCGCGAACUUGGCGCGCGUUGUCUAGCGCCCGACACAAUUUCCUAUAAUGCCGUGCUGGAAGCUGCUGGUGACGCAGAUGGCGAGGCUCUCUUCUUGUCCGCGCUGCCGAGCGCCUAUCCGCGGCUUUUGGCCAAGGGCCGGGAGUACCUGGACUUGCAUGACCUGUCAGCCGGGGCAGCGAAGUUUGCGGUACGCUGGUGGCUGGGCCAUGUGGGGUAUUGGUCCGGCAGACACCCGUCAGGCCUGGAGAUCAUCACGGGCCGAGGCUCAACUCGGAAGGCUUGGUCCACCAGCGACUUGAAAGGCUCCGUCGAGGCAUUGCUGAACCAGUUGGGAGUUCGCUGGGCAAACAUGCCAAACCCUGGUCGGAUACGAUUGCUCCCUCGCAAGUACAGUGCAGCCGAAAAGCUGCAGCUGGAACCUGCCUCGCCCAGUGAAGGGGAAGGGCACGUUCUCUGUGGCUUGUGGGUGGACGUGCGAAAAGCAGUGGAAGUCAUCCCACUGGUUGGCCGAGCAUUGUUCGCUGGGCCUUUUGAAGAACUGACGCGGGCUUGGUACAUUGUCGUGGGGGCGACCAUUAUGAUCAACAUGCUCCUGAACAUGGUGGUGCCACCGGGCGUUACAAUCGCGAAUAUCUUUGUGACGUGGCUCCUGCGAAAAUGUUGCAGAGGCAGAGUGAAGCACCAUUCAGAGCUCAUUGCGUUGUACACCAACCCGGAGUUUGACAUCAAGCUGAAGUACGCGCAGAUGCUGACGACCGUCUUUGUUACCCUGACAUACUCAGCCGGGAUGCCAUUGUUGUAUCUCUUUGCCUUCGGCUACAUGACUUUCAUGUACUGGGCGGACAAGAUUGCUCUUCUAUGGUGCUCGAAGCGGCCACCAUCAUACGAUGCGCUGCUGCCGAGGGAGGUGUCCGAAAAACUGCUGUAUGCAAUUGCUCUGCACUGCAUCUUUGCCAUCUUCAUGUACGGACAGCCAUGUGUCUUUCCAUCCAAUGCUGUCGGUGGCGACCUCGGUAUCUUGGCGACACCAGGGGGCCAGAUGGCCAGCGAGCACCUGCAGGGCUGGUGGCCGACGCUGACGCGGGAGAGCACGUGGAUGUUCGUGGCAUGGUUUUCCUUCAUGCUGUCGCUUUGGGUGGCAUGGUGGCUGGCAUGGGCCUUUCAGGGAACGUUCGGUACCUUCGGCACACUCCUGUGGCAGCUGUGCUGUGCCUCCAAAAAAGUGGAGGACGAGGCCACCAUUGCAGCCAUCCAGCGUGGUGAGUCUGUGGACAGCAUUCGACAAAAGACGGGCAAGGAGGUGGACAUUGCUGCGACGAUGACCUGGCCAGAAGCUGCAGAGAUCAUUGACCGCUGCUCUCCACCAUCUUCCUAUCACAUGGAGGAUCACCCAGACAUGCUGGAAAUCGCGCACCUCAUGAAAGCCGAGUACACUCGAGGAAGCGAAGUGAAUCCGGAAGGUGGUGAGCUGCCAGUUCCACAGCCUGCCGGCCAGAGCUUUGGCAAGGCUGUGGAGUGUCUCGGACAAUGA